AUGAGCUCCGAGUCCGAAGCAGAACAUGCUGCAGCAGCAACAGCAGCCGCAGAUGCCUCUGCUCCUUCCGAGCAGACGACAAUAGCUGGAGCGACCGUCGAGAGUGCUGCCGACGAAGCAAAGGAGCCCGUCCCGAAGACAGAAUCUGCUCUGGACACUGAGACCGACGCGGGAAAGUCCACAGAGACCACAAACAAUGUUACUCGACAGCACGAAGCUGAGGUUUCACAACCAUCCGAGCAAGGUCCGCAGGGCCCGACAGAGCUCGCGUCAAUACCACCGUCCAUGUCGAUCCCCGAGAUCAAGGCAGCGCUUGCUUCUGAACGCGACCAGGUCAAGGCGGCGGCUGGGAACCAAGACCCAAUAGCUGCCGACGCAGAGCCCGUCAUUCUUGGCAUUGCCGUCGUCGACUUCAACCAUCUCGUCGGACCGCAAGUCGAGUACACGUAUCCAAAAGAGCUUCAGGACGAUGAGGAUCUCGUCAAGUCGCUUCCAUUCCUCGCACUUCCAGAUGGCAGUCACCUUUCCGAUGAGGACUUUUGCUACUUCCACCUGCACUGCCCCAAGCUCUCCGAGUCAACCAUCUUUGGCAUCUCGUGUAACCGCCAGAUCGCUGCGGAUGCCCUUGUCAAGAAAGGCGCCGAGGUCACCAGAAGCACCGUCCAGAAGGCCAUCGUGGUCUUGGCAAAAGAGCCCGUCUUUGGUCCGAUCCGAGAGAAGCUCGGGAUCGUGACGCGCGCAUUCUUCGCUCAGGGAGACCUGGCUGACGUCGACAUCCUCGUCGACUUUCACUCGACUCUCGAAAUGGGAUUGCAGAGCGGUGGCAUGUCCGACGACCGCGAGACCGUCAUGUAUAUGGGGACUUCCCUGCGCGAGCUCGUCCACAAGUGGCGCUUCAAGACGCUCAUGCUCGUCAAGCUUCUUCUCCUCCAGCGUCGCGUCAUGUUCUUUGGCUAUCCCGUCGAGCAGCUCUGCAACUAUCAGUAUUCUCUCGUUUCGCUACUGCCAGGCUUGCUUCUCAGCUUGCAAGAUGCUGGUGAUCCAAAGCUGCACACGCGCGCAGGUCGGGUCGAAAAGGCAGACAGUCUGCGCUCGUCGGACCGCAAGAGCUUGCUCAAGUUCUUAGGAAUGCCCCUCGACAUCUUUGGCGAAGAUGCCUUCUUCCAACCAUACUGCCCGUUGCAGCAGAUCGACUUGCUCAGGUCGCGCACCUGGCUCGUCGGCACCAGCAACAGCAUUUUCAAGCAGCAGCGUGACUGCAAGAUCGAUGUGGUCGUUGACCUUGAGCAUGCGCAUUUGGAGUUCCAGGAUCCAAAGCUGCAUCAGGUCGUCAAUCUCACGCCAGAGGAUCGCAAGUGGAUGGACGAAGUCAUUUCGUCGGUGGUGGAGACAUGGAACCCGGCCGAUCCGACACGGCCCACGUCGAUGGGCUUCCAUGGCAGCGACGACUACCUGCGCAUCCGCUUCGAGGACUACAUCUGCUCCAUGCUUUCGUCGACAAAGUAUGCCGACUUCUUAGCCAAGAGCGACCCGGAGCAGGUGGCGAUCCAAGCACCAGAUGCUUCUACGACGAGCAGCUUUGGCGCUGAGUUCCUUAUAGCGCUUCGAAACACGGAGGCAUUCAAUGUGUGGAAGUCGGCGACGGAUCCGAUGCUGUUUGACAUUGUGGAUCACAAGCAUCCAUGCGAGGGCAAGACAUCGACGAUCGAGGAUGUCGGUCUGCGGCUUUCUGCGGGUCUGCACGACCUGCGGCUCGAGGAGAAUCUGGCGCCCACGCGUGAAGCCAUCGGUAGCGCACUGCAAGCUGGCGGUGCCAACUUUUACCGUCUUGCCAGCAAUCUGGGCAAGGACAUCGCCAAGUUCCGUGCGAACCACAUCGCGGCCACCCAGUCCGUGCGUGGUGAAGGCGCGACCGCCGCGCCAAGCAGCGCAGGAGGCAUCGGCAGUCUCACGUCUGGAUUCGGCUUGUUUGGGUCUCACGCCUCGUCGCCGUCAAAUGCAGAGGCAAGCACAUGGGCAUCUGGAGCGGCGCGCGCAUCAGGGUCCAUUACGGGGGAAGCGAUCGAUGCAAAUGGCCAGCACACUGUGCGAUCAGGUCGAGCAGCGCCUACGGACGUUCACGGCAAUGCUGCUGCUACCUUUAAUGCGAAUGAAGCUCUCAACGCAGCGGGCCAGGCAGCUGCCCAGGCUGGAACGCAAGUGCGUGCGGCGUUGGGCAAUUUUGGGUCGUUCCUCUCAGCACGUCAGAAGUCGUGGGCUGCCAGCCGCAACAACAGCAACAGCAGCAAUUCGCAAUAG